AUGUCUUUUGAUCGAGUGCUUCCCGACCCAGCUGGUCUGCACCAUGACAAUACCCAAGUCAGAUCUAGCGACCUUUCUGACCACAAGAUCAUGAGUGACCCCCCAAAAUCUCAUGGACAGUUGGUGUACCGCCCAGAUUCGUUCAAGUAUGCCGAUUUGCGGCAUGAUAUACCUCAUGCUCAUCACCAAAUGACCGUCCUGAACCAAGGGCAAAUUCCAGGGCCGAGGCCCGAUCAGAAUGAUCCGAUGAUGCCUAUGGCUAAUGCCCAUUCCAAUCUUAUGAGGAGAGCGCCUGGUCCUGUGGUAUCCACGAAAGAAGUAUCCCGAUCGUCCUCCUCCUCUGGCAGUGCCAGUCCGGUGAGGUCCGCCAAGGAGAGAGACACUUUUUGUCUUUGCCAGCCGGACCCGAAAGUCCCGCGACCUCGUAAUGCAUUUAUUUUGUACCGACAACACUACCAGGCAACGGUCGUGGCGCAUAAUCCGGGCAUGGCGAAUCCAGAUAUUUCCAAAAUCAUUGGUACGCAGUGGAGGAACCUCUCUGAAGAAGAAAAGUCCAAAUGGAGGACUCUGGCGGAGGAGGAGAAACUCCGUCAUAACCAGCAAUACCCGGGUUAUCGCUAUCAGCCCAGACGUAGUGGCCGGGAUGGUGGUGCUCGUGGCUCUGGCUCAGGCAUCAGUAACAACCCAUCUGGUGGGACUCACUGCACUCGCUGUGGGGGUCGAUUUAUGCAUCCCCCCUCACCAAUGACCCCUUUCACACCCACGACUGUUUCCACAGAGUACCGAUCAUCAGGCCUCUCAACACCCAUCGCACAAAAAACUGUCAUGACGGCGAGGAGCUCACACGGCCGCGAGAGAGAUGAGCCUAAGCUGAUCAAAAUUGAGGCGCUGGAAUCACGCUCUCGAUCUCGCCAUGGGGAAGAGAUUGGUGAGAGGUCACCAGACAAUAAACGUCGCCGUGUUUCUCACACCCCUCUCAAGCCGGGUAUGAUCGCCCACCGAGAUAGAAGUCCCGAGUCUCCAUACUCGGCGGCCCCGUAUGGUACUCGUCCAGAUAUGCAACCUAGAAACAUGCUGCCGAUGCUUCAACCGCAGCGCCAAUAUAGCAGCGUGCAAGGCCAGUCACACCCAGACCAAAGCCUAAAGCUACCACCGCUCCAGACCGGCACACCAGUCAUGACUCCUCUUACCCCGAACUUCUCCACCGAACCUAGCGUGGAGGCCACUGUCAUGACAAUCCCAGUCCUGAAUAAGAUCAAGGUGCUAGCGAAAAUAUCACCGCCGCUGGUCCCCUCAUUCCGAGAGUCGAGCCCCCAAAUCCGAGGCCCCGUCAUCGCAGUCGACGGCCACGAUCCGGAACUCGUCCAAGUCGCCGUGGACUACCUCCAACGCCUCCUCCGGAAGGAACCCAAAUACCACGUCCGCGUCUUCGACGGACCAGAUAUCAAACCACCACGCAAAUCCAGCUCAGAAGGUGGCCCAAUGGGUGACGCAGCAGUCGACUACCUCGACACCAUUUCAGCAUGGCACCGCAUCUCUGAAGAGGUCGUCAGCUUCGUAAAGUCCAUCUCGACAGCCAUGUCAGUUGACUCUCGCUCCAGCCCAGAGGAGGAGUCCAACAAGCUGAGCCUAUCACCCAAAUCCCUCAUACCAGAGACUGCCAGCAUGUAUAUCCACUCCCCUGCACAAUCCAGCGAGAAUAGCUCGGAUGCGAGCGUCACAAGUACACCUGGCAGCCCGUGUGCAAUUCCCAUUGCUCUUGUUCCACAAUACCAGAUCACGACGGCGGAUGCAUUCGCCUGCUCUAUUCCUAUCAAUGAUUCGUACGGCCCUCUAGAUCACUGGCAGUGGAUGGCGUCGCUGUGGCGCGCCUGCGUCGGUCCCGAUAUUACCGUUUAUAUUCGGGAGUGUACCCGAGAGGAGCUGGAUCGGGCGGGUGGGAUUGCGGUCGAGGUGCGAUUGCAGGAUGCGAGAACUAUCGUGCUGAGGAAGAUUGCUGGUUCAUCGCGUGAAUUGGAGAAGGCGUUGAAGCGCGUUGGGUUCGAGAUUGAGGACUUUUUGACACAGUGA